AUGUUGCUCGAGUGUCCAGACGAACUGCGGAAAUCUGUGCGGGAACAGGUGGAGCAGGGUCUGCUCAGUGGCUACACAGAGCAGUUCCUCGACUUUGAAACCAUCACACCAUACCCUGUGGGCAUUGUGGGCAUGCCGGACUACAAUUUCUUUCCAGAAUUUAGCGGCCAUAUGUGGUACAACCAGAUGCAACAGGGAUCUCAGCAUGGAGGAGCAAAUUAUUUGAGGCAAUCAGAUGACAAACUCCAGCCAUUUGGGGCCUGGAAUGUGUGUGGUAAUGACAGCCGAGGCCACCAAGGUUCAUCAGUGAUGGUCCGGCAGACAGUGUUAGGUGGCACAAACCAAUUUGGACUAGCUCAAAAUGGAACUUGUGCUGGUCAGAAUGCUGGACGCAUAGGUUCUGCACAGCUGCAACACUCUGGGCUAUUCCAAAAAAUGGAAAACUCUAGAGAAGACUGUGUGCGAGUAAGUACACCUGUGCAUGCUGGAUCUCAGCAGAAGCAGCUGCAUCAGCAACAUCAGAUUGCUCAGAGGCAGCAGCAGCAGCAACAGCAACAACAACAACAACAACAACACCAGCAACAACAGCAACAAGCCCAACAACAACAACAACAACAACAACAGGUCUCAAAGCAGGCCAACAGCAAGAAGCAACAGGGAUCAAAUAUGGCUGUUUCUGUGACUUCUGGUGGAAGUACAUGCACCACAGCUGUCACUUCAACUGCUCCAGUUGACACUAAACCGUUACCUGCUUUUGAGCAGGCAUUUGGGUCUACUGAGAUUGGUCGUUUCUCACAUGAGGGUUUUUUUAGUAGCAUGCAACAGCAACUUCAGCAGCAGCAGCAGCAACAACAACAGCAACAACACCAGCAGCAGCAGCACCAGCAACAGCAGCAGCAACAACUUCUGCACCAACAGCAGCACCAGCAACAGGUCAGUCAACAUAUGGACUGGCCACCAACCUUGGUGGACCCCUCUGCAUACUGCAAUUAUUAUAAUGACUAUCACAACACAGGUUUCAGCUCUUACCUGCUCAACAGUUUCUAAAAGUGUGCUGUGUGCAAUGAAGUGCUCUUUUUUUUUUUAACUGAAGCUGAAAAU